AUGUUCUCCCAAAAAGACGACAAGAAGAAAGUAAAUGAAUCUGUCAAUGUUGUCGACGAAAAGGUUGCAGUCAAGACCCCGCAGCCUGUGGUAAAUCUAACAGCCGAACAGCGCUUCACUACAACUCUACUUCCACAGUACUUGAGUCGUCCAGUGACAAUCCGCAUCGUUGCAAGACUUACGGAACACUUGGAUCAAGGAGUUGACGCAUGUGGUAAUGUCAAACCACCCGCAAUCUUCGAAGCACUUGAUUAUGAAGGAAAAGUUCAUCCCGAACUUCCCGUAGACUUCGCUGUUCCUAGCACAUUGCUAAAGGAACACAGUGAGUAUUUCAGAUCAUUGCUCAAAUCUGACGAUUUGCAGGACGGUCUCGUCCAUGCGCCUAUAGAGAUCGCCAUCAUUCCAGGAACUCUUUCGAGAAAAAGCGUUGAGACAAUGCUUACAUAUCUUUUCCGUGGUUCAAUAGCUUUUGCGUUCCAAGGCACAGAGAGAUACGUCUCGUCGCUACUGGAAUUAGCAAAACUGGCCGAACAUUGGGGUAUCCGAGGUUGUGGAGAUAUGUUUGGAAAAAGCAUAGAUGACAUUAUUACUGAUACGAUCCAUAGAGCCAUUAUGGUUGGGCAUAAACCACGACAGCUGAUGCCGGUUUUGGGUAGUAUAUAUGGCGACUAUUUAAAUCAAAAAGUGCCAAAUACGCAGUAUUUGACUCCGGAACAUCUCGACACAGUUUUCUCAUUGAAAUCUCAUCCCAAAGUCAGAGAGCUCUUCAUUUUAGCUGCUGUCGAGUCGCACAUAUGCCGGUACAUGAGCGAUCCAUAUCGUGCCAAGAUCCUUUCAUUUCCAAAUGUUAAGAGCAGCUUGGAUGAGCAUGCCCACAAAGUUUUGACUUCAUCGUUGCGAAUUGAGUUGGUACAACCUAAAAUUCCUGAAGGCUGCUUGAGUGUUGCAGAUGUUCCAUCAGGAGAUUUGCUCUUCCUUGAUCCGUAUUCAAAGAAGCUUGUCAAGUGGAAAAUGGUUGAUAAGUACAAGUCAAGUUAUCAGAAAUUGCCAAGUGAUUGGUAA